AUAAAUUCGCAAAAGUCACCGUAGUUGUGUGUAGUGGUGAAGGUGCUCGAUUCGACGGACAGAAGUUGGUGUCUAUUAUUUCUUUUUCUAUGGUUAUUUUUCUGAAAAAGACAAAAAAUAAAGUACAAUAUCUAAAUAAAGACAGUAGAAAGAAAAUGAAGCAAUAGUAAAAAUUUUAAAGAAAAUCUAAAUAUUAACAAAAAUCGAGCUAAAUUUAUUUAGAAAAAAAGUGCCACACAUCCAGUCUAGGAAGUGAGACAUCUAAAAUAAAAUCUCCAAAAGCAGACUGUCUUUGCAAUAUACCAUUUUUUUUAAGUUGCAAAAUUAUUUACCCAAAAAGAAAUAAAAAUCUAAAAUUAUGUCAAAUCAAAUACAUUUAACAACAAAAAUAACAAAAUUUCAUAAUUUUUGUUAUUGUUGCGUUAAAAAUGGUGCAUUAUUUUUGUUAUUGCUGGUGUUUAUGGCCAAUACACUGGCGGUCACAGCCACAACAUCAACAUCGUCUACGUCGUCAAUAGAUGAUUUUGGUAAUAGCCAAGCAACAGCUGUUGACUUGAAAGGCAAAUUGGUAUUUGCUCAUGUGCUUUAUCGUCAUGGUGAUCGUACGCCCAUUGAUCCAUAUCCUACAGAUCCUUGGCGUGAUGCUAAACAAUGGCCAACUGGUUGGGGUCAAUUGACUAAUAUUGGUAAACAACAGCAUUAUCAUUUAGGACAAUGGCUGCGUAAACGUUAUGGCAGCCUUUUAAGUGACACCUAUAAUAAGGAUGAGAUAUAUGUACGUUCUACCGAUGUUGAUCGUACUCUAAUGAGUGCUUUGUCUAAUUUGGCCGGUCUCUAUGAACCGGUUAAAAAGGAUGUCUGGGAUCCGGAAAUACAUUGGCAACCAAUACCAGUUCAUACCCAAUUAGAAAAAACAGAUGCGGUCCUUGCUGCCAAAGCACCUUGUCCAGCCUAUGAAUAUGCCCUCUCUGCUUUAAAAAAUUCCCCCGAAAUGCAAGCACUUAACGAUCGUUAUGCUUAUCUUUAUAAUUAUCUUACCAAAUAUAGUGGCAUGACAGUUGAUUCUCUGGAAUAUGUGCAACGUCUUAAUAAUACCUUAUUCAUUGAGGAACUUUAUAAUAAAACUUUGCCAGAAUGGACGAAAAAAGUUUAUCCCAGUACAGAUAUGACUUAUAUAGCAGAUUUUACAUUUUCCCUUAGCACUUAUACCAGACAAAUGGCACGUUUAAAGACAGGACCUUUGAUCAAAGAAAUGCUAGAAAGAUUUGUAGACAAAUCGAAGGGUAAAUUAAAUCCUAAUCGUUCGUUAUGGAUCUACUCGGCUCAUGAUACUACGGUGGCAAAUGUUUUGAAUACUUUAAAGUUAUAUGAUCUGCAUAGUCCUCCUUAUAUUGCCUGCAUAAUGUUGGAAUUACGUUUAGAUGAAAAAUUACAACCUUAUGUUUCUAUUUUUUAUAAGAAUACCACUGCUGAACCGGAACCUUUAUACAUACCCGAUUGUGGUGUUUCUUGUCCUCUUAAUCAAAUGUUUAAUCUAUAUAGUGAUAUUUUACCAAAAGACUGGGAAAGUGAAUGUAAACUUUCCACUUUAAUGAUGACUUAUGAAGAAGCCAAUGUUGGUACAGCUAUGGGUAUUUUAGUUGCUAUUAUAACCAUUAUGUUAUUCCUUUCGUACGUUGUCAUGAUUUACUACCGGCGACGCAGUUACAAAAAUCACUACUCCUACAUACAGUCUCCUGAUAAAGUCAAUGGUGAUAAGGAGAAAACUCCUUUACGUGCUCAGCGUUUGCCGGCCAAGAGAUCUAGCAGUGAGGGUCCUCAUUUAAGAAAGAAGAAGUAAAUGUUGGAUUUUAUGGAAUUUGUUUUAGUUAUAUGAAAUUUAUGAAUUAACUAUAUGUUUGUAUGUGAUAUAAAAAAUCAGGUAGUAUUAUUCGUAGUUAAGUUUUAAAUAUUUGCGGCACAAUUUUAGAUUCAAUUGCUUAGAUGCUAUAGUGUGU